AUGGCUGAUAAGUUCGUUAUGGCACAUGCCGGAGCUAGGAAAGCAGAGCCAGAGCCAAGAGUGAACGACAUAUUCGCCAUCAUGCAGUCCUUAGGAGAAGGACUAAGGGACUUUCUCGCCCAAUUCAACAGGGUACGAAUGACCCUACCAAACGUGUCCAAGGGAAUGGCAGUCGCGGCCUUUCAAAAUGGGUUGAUCAGGGAUGGUUCGAUAGCAACCAGAAAACUGCUGAGCCGAUUGAUGAAAUACCCUCCAACCACUUGGGAGAAGAUCCAUAAUGCUUACUGUGACGUAGUCCGAGUAGAUGAGGACGACCUCAAUGGACCAACUCAUCGGCUCGUCUCGGUACAAGCCGAGUCUAGGAAAGAACGAAGAGACACCGUAGGAGAGAUCACCCGAUUUUGCGACCCAACAAGGAACCACACCAGCCAUACAUCAGGGCCCCCGCCCCACCUUCUCUCUGCUAUAAAGAAGGCUCAUCAAGGCCGAGAAUGGGAACUCACCGGAAUGAAAGAGGCAAGAAGUUGUAAACAGUUGCAGCAAGGACACCUCAAAGAGCUAUUGAGCGACAAGGGGAGGAACAACUUCGCUAGAGGGCGAGAACACCAAGGCCCAGCGAAACCGCCAUCACCAGCUUGUACUAUUAAUAUGAUCAUUGACGGAGGCAACGGCGCCUCCAUCAACAACGUUAAAUUCACCACCACCCAAAAACUCAAGCGAUCUAUCACCCACGAACGGUAUGAUAGACUCGAAGAGAAUAUCGUCUUUAACGAGUCGGAUGCCGAUGGUUUGACUUUCCCUCAUAAUGAUGCUCUUGUCAUUACUUUGCGCAUUUUAGAUACUAAUGUCAAGCGCAUCAUGGUAGACGAUGGAAGUGGAGUGUGCAUUAUCCAUCCCCGAGUCCUCGCCUGGAUGAGACUCGAGGACAAGGUAGUGCCACACUUCAUCACACUGACCGAUUUUAAUAAUGCAGUUGAAUGGACAUCGGGAGAGAUUAAGCUCCCUGUGUUGGCUGGCGGCAUAACGCUGGAGACGAUUCCACAUCAUGGAUCAGGCCACCGCGAAUAA